UCAAAACAUCAAUUAUUUUAAACAUUUGCAUUGACCUUUGUGGGAAAGUUUUACAGUACAUCAGUCCAUAUCAAAAUUUUCUGUUUCAUGAUGCAAUUGCCUGAUUAUUGAAGGGAUGAUGAAAUUAUAUAUGCCAAGCAGAAAUGACAGUUGAUAUCAUAUUUUGCAAUAUUCAUUUUACUUAACGAACUGGGUCAUGACCUAAGUCUAUGUCUAUGACCUAUUUCUCCAUGCACAGAGACAUUCCACAAGAAAGUUUCCCCAAGAUUACCAUACUAAUUAUUCGAUAAAUCAAUCAUUUAAACGCCAUCAAAUUGUGCAUUGAAAUACUGGUGUGCGGAAAAAAAAUAAACAUUUCAUUUGGAAUUCUGAUUUAAAAAAUCUUUAAGAAGAAAUCGUAAUUUCAUUGGUGAAACCAGAUUGUUUGUGUGGUUCGAAUCGGUGUGGUGGACUGAGCCACCGGAGGGAGGAGCAAGAAGGGAGACUGAAUGUUGUUAAUGUGCAUGGUGAUGGCGGGGGGCGCCUUGGAAGACUUUUUUUGGAGGGUUAUAAAGUCCUUCCGCUGCCGUGAUGACUGCUGCACUAACGAUGCUGAUGAUGGACUUCAUGGAAGACAAGUUCGGCCUGAAGAACCAGAGCAUGAAGGCCGCGGACUACUUCCUGGAACCGACGAUCGAAAGCCUGGACGGCGGCAUGUACUUCGCCAAGUCUCCUUCCAAAUGCACGCAGGCCUUCGGCGAACACCGCGCCUCAUCUCGCUCGGAACAGCACGCCGGUUAUGGCACAGCCAAAGCGGAGGAGAUGGCCGGCUCUGCGGCGUCAUGUUGCCGCGGCGACGAGGUGGAUGAGGCGGCGGCAGACAAGGGGGACGACAAGGUGACGAGUAGCAAGAAGCGGCGCCACCGGACCACUUUUAGCAGCGCGCAGCUGGACGAGCUGGAGAAGGUCUUCCAAAAGACGCACUACCCGGACGUGUACGUGCGCGAGCAGCUGGCCACAAGGACCGAACUGACCGAGGCCAGGGUGCAGGUAUGGUUCCAGAAUAGAAGAGCCAAGUGGAGAAAGCGGGAACGAUAUGGACAAAUUCAGCAAGCUAAAAGUCACUUUGCCUCCACCUACGACUUAUCUGUGCUGCCUCGGACUGACAGCUAUGCGCAGAUUCCCAACAACUUGUGGUCGGGCCCCCCUUCUGUGGCGAGUUCUGUGGUGUCACCCUGCAUGCUGCCUCGGGGCUCGCCCCCCUGCGUGGCCUCCUACUCCCCGCGAUCGGCUUCCUCUGCCGCCGGGGACCACGGCCAUGGCUACUUCCCCAACCAGCAGAACCAGUUUGGACACGUAUCGCUCAACAAUUUCUGCGGCGACCCGCUUCUCUCUCCGGCCGCCAAUGGCCAUCACGCCUUCGAGACCAAGCCUGAGUUUGAGAGGCGUUCAUCCAGCAUUGCUGUGCUUCGCAUGAAGGCCAAGGAGCACGCAGCCAAUAUCUCCUGGGCCAUGUGAUCUUGCUGAAACCAAAGGAACACGUUUGAGGUUCAGGAGUGAGUGCAACUGACUUCAGUUGAUGCACAUUAAUGCACUAAAAAUAACAAUUGUUGAAGCCGCGGUCACAUGCUGACCGACUCCUGGAACCAAACAAACUUUGACCUGCUUCUGGAGCCAAAAAACACACUUCUGUGGCUCAAAACUGAGGAGGACUCAAUUUUACAUGAAGGCAAUAAAAAAUAGUUUAGGCUUAUCAAAUGCACUUUGACGUUGUCAUGGUGAGAUACGGACAAGUUUCAAGAACCAAAGAAAUUUUGAGCCGCUUCAAGAACCAAACAAUACCCUUUUGAGGUCAAGAGUAAGGCAUACAAUGUGUAUAGUGCGCAUGAAGGAGAGCAAAGAAACACAGUUCCAGUAUAUGGAACAACAUGUUACCAAAGUUGGACCCUUUAAUUAUUACAACUAAAGAGACAAACCUGUUUCUGGAGCCCAAAAAUGUGUGGAAAGCAAUUAAAUCAACACUUGGGCAGAUAAAAUGUACCUUCCAUGUUUUCAUUGUCACAUACUGGCCUACUUCUAGAACCAAAUGAACCACUCUUGAGGCCCAAGAAUUAGGUACUCUUGAUUCAGGAAACGCACAAGAAGGACAGAUAUAUAAAAUAAAUUACAAGGUGUGUGUUAGCCCAGAGUUGGAUGUGGUAAUCCACUUCAAGGACCUACAGAACCACUGAUGAGGCUUUUGAGUAAGAAGGUAGAAACCAGAAAGUGCCCAUAAAAGCAAUUAAAAAAUGUUGUUGUGGUGAUCACUCAUUAGGUCACACGCUGACCGGCUUGUAGGAUCAAAAAGGCCCAAAAGAACCACUAUUGAGGGUGUAAAAGUGAUGUGAACUCAAGACACAUAAAUGAAAUGAAAGACACUGCUUGUGUUUGAAGGCCAAUGAGGUUGCACGUUUGGUUGGACUCUCAGAGUGCACACUCUUACGAUUUGAAUGUUCCCUCCUUGAAAUUAGAAAAACAUGGGCCUGCUUCUGGAAAACAUACAAAACAUGGUUCCGCUUCUUUAAUAAAAGCAAAACCUGCACACUGCUUCUGGAAAAAGGAAAUCCUUUCAUGCUUUUGUCUGGAACCAAAAGUAUUCUGAACCACUCCUGGAAUACAAAAUUCUGAUCCAGCUCUGGAGUAAAUACUAAAGAAAAAUACCUGGCCUCCCUUUUAGAAACUCCUCAAAUACCGACCUAUUUCCGGUACUGAACCUAUGCAGAUUUGCUUCUAGCAAUAACAAAAAUAAAGGACACUGCUUCUGGACGGCCAAAACCAAGCACUCUAAUGCACUUCUGAAAGCAAAAAAACCCACAGUCACUCUACAUGAAAUCAAUUCAGUUCACUUUAAUAUGUCUGUUGUAGGGCAGUUUGUUUUGCAGCAUGUCACUGACAAAUGUACCGUACAUACUGUAUACAGUCAUGUGAAAAAACUAGGACACCCCAUGAAAUAUUCAGUUCUUUAUUAAGAAAUGUUCACAUAUCAAUGUCUGAUCUUGUUUUUCUUUAUCUCUGGAAAAGAAAGGGAUUUAACUGCAGGUAAACAACAAAAAUUAGCAUUGUUUUACUCAUUAAACCAAAUAUAUCAACAAAAAUGCAUAUUCUAACUGAGGAAAAAGUUAGGACACCCUACCACCUAAUAGCUAGAGUUACCACCUUUGGCUGAAAUAACUUCAGUGAGACGCUUUUUGUAGCAAUAUACCAGUCUUUCACAUCGGUCUGAAGACAGUUUGCCCCACUAUACUUUCAGCUGUGAGAUGUUUGAGGGGUCUCGUGUAUGUACAGCCCGUUUCAAGUCACCCCACUGCAUCUCAAUGGAUUAAGAUCUGGGCUUUGACUCAGCCAUUCCAGGACUUUCUAUUUCUUCAUUUUCAGCCAGUCCCUGGUGGAUUUACUGCUUUGUUUUGGGUCAUUGUCAUGUUGCAGGGUCCAGUUUUGCAUCAGCUUUUUUCAAAGAUGAUCUCCCAUGUUCCUCAAGCACCCUAUGAUACACGAUAGAAUUCAUGGUGGAUUCUAUGAUGGUGAGCUGGCCAGGUCCUGCUGUAGCAAAGCAUCCCCAAACCAUGACAAUUAAAGCUCCAUGCUUAACAGUUUGUUUGAGGUUCUUUUCCUGGAAUGCUGUAUUGGGUUUACGCCAAAUGUGCCUUGUGUUCUGGUGUCCAAAUAAUUUAAUUUUAGUUUUAUCUGUCCAAAGAACAUUAUUCCAGAAGUCCUGGUCUUUGUCUAAAUUCACUCUGGCAAACUUCAGUCUGGCCUUCAUGUUCUUCAUGGAGAGCAAAGGUUUCCUCCUUGCACACCUCGCAUGAAGGUUAAACUUGUGAAGUCUCUUUCUGAUUGUAGAGGCAUGCAGUUUCACAUCAAGGGCCUGCUGUAGGUCCCGUGAUGACAUUUUAGGGUUUUGGAGACAUCUUUAGCAUCUUGCGGUCUGCUCUCGGGGUGAACAUGCUUGGACGGCCAGACCUGGGCAUGUUGGCAGUUGUUUUGAAUUUCCUCCACUUGUAGACUAUUUUCCAGACAGUGGAAGGCUGAUUUUAUAUCCUUCUGAAAUCCCUUAUCAGACUCAUAAGCGUCUACAAUCUUCUUUCUGAAGACCUCAGACAGCUCCUUUGAUCUUACCAUGGUGUUUUCUCUUACUUCAACAGUCAGGGGCACACCAAACAAUGUGAGGUUUAAAUAAGGCAAGCCUCCUUCAAAACACAUGGUAAUGAUGUUCUAAUCAUGUUCACCUGAUGUGAUACCCCGGUGUGUGAUUUUAGCCAUUUUAACACUGGAACUACCGGUGAUUGAAUGUGGGGGUGACUUAUUUAUUCCUCAACAGAAAUUGCAUUUAUUUAAAAUUACAUUUUACAGAAAGUUAUAAAAUAUAUUUUCCCCCCACUUUUGUUCAGUGUUAUUACUUGAAUCUCUCAAGACUGUUAAAAUUGACAUUAAAUAUCCAUUUGACCAAAUAUGUUAGAAAACACGCAGGCUUCCAUAGGUUGUCCUAAUUUUUCACACGACUGUAAAUACAACAACAGCAAUAAUAACGUAUAGUAGUGCCCUGCAUUGGAUGUGACAAAUAAACCGACAAAUGGUAAAAUAAGAUGCGUACUAUUUUGUAGCAGUGUAGUAUGGCAAUGAUCAGAACCACUACAGUUUCGGACCAAGUUGAGCUAAUUAGCACAGUUGUUGACUUUGUGGCAUUGUUUUUGUUUUCUGGCUUGGUCCCUGUGUGCCGAGUCAGUACGUUCUGUUCUGUUUGAAUUUGGGGGGCUGGCCAGUGCACCUUCAUUCCAUUAGAUGGCAGCAGAACUAUGUCAAUGCUUUUGUACUCACGCUAGAAAAUGACUUCUCAAAUGUUUUACAUCGAGUGCAACCUAAUAAAAAUACUACACUAUGCAAUUAUUUAUUGAUUUUCCAACUCAUUCACUGAUUUGACGCUGAUUCAUUUAAACUGUGAGUCCUCACUGACAGCCUUCCCAGUUAAAAUGGGUUGCACGUGUAUUGCUGUUCAUGGCAGCCCAUGAGUUAAACGACAAUAGCAGUUGAUUCAAAUGUUUCGCACAAAAUUUUAAAAACAAAUUAUAAACUGUUCAAAAC